AUGCGCGCCGUCGUCUUCAGAGGCGUCGGCCAGGUCGCCGUCGAGGACCGACCCCAGCCGACCAUCCAGGAACCGACCGACGUCAUCGUCAAGGUCAAGUACACGGCGCUCUGCGGCAGCGAGCUGCACGUCUUUCGCGGCCACCAAAAGUCCGCCACGGGGUUCAUCAUGGGCCACGAGUUCACGGGGACCGUGCACGCCGUCGGGUCCGCCGUCGCGUCCUUCCAGCCGGGCGACCUCCUCGUGUCCCCCUUCACCAUCAGCUGCGGGCAGUGCUUCUACUGCCAGCAGGGCUACUCGUCGCGCUGCGAGCGCUGUCUCCUCUACGGAACGUCCGCAUUGGACGGCGGCCAGGCCGAGUAUGUCCGCGUGCCCCUGGCCGAGGCGACGGCCGUCAAGGCACCGGCCGGGAUAGACGAGAAGAAGCUGUGUCUGAUGGCGGAUAUUUUCCCCACCGGCUACCACGCCGCCAAGGCCGGCCUUGGUGACAUACCAGCUCGUAUCGCCAGGGACAGCGUCGUGGUGCUGUUUGGCUGCGGACCCGUCGGUCUCUGUGCACUGGUCGCUGCGCUCGAGUACCAGCCCAAGGCCCUUCUGGCCGUGGAUGGCGUGGCGUCGCGCCUCGCGCAGGCCAAGGAUCUCGGCGCCGAGCCUUGGAACUACCAGACGCAAAAGGACGAGCUUUCUGCGCGGGUGCGCGAGCUGACCGACGGUCGUGGCGCCGACGUGGUCAUCGAGGUGGUCGGACACAGCUCGGCGCUCGACUUGGGUUUCCAGCUUCUGCGGCCCUGGGGCACCAUCUCCAGCGUGGGCGUGCACAACGGGGAGAUUCCGUGGACGGGGAACCAGGCGUAUGGGAAGAAUCUGACGAUCAAGAUGGGCCGGUGUCCCGUGAGGAGCCUGUUCCCCGAGGCGCUGGAGCUUCUCGAGAAGAAGCAGCAUUUGUUCGGCUUCAUGACGGAUACCAUUAUGCCACUGAGCGAGGCUGUGGAGGGGUACGACAUUUUCGACAAGAUGAAGGCGCAAAAGGUGAUUUUCGACGCGGAGAAGUGA